UUUCCGGAGGGAGAAAGGAUGAGAAGGACCCGAGCGCCAAGGCGCCCUGCCUGCCAUGGAAGCUAUGGCUACUGCGGCCAGGGGGCUGCGACUUUGGCGGCCCGCCCCAUGCGCCAGGAUCGGCUGGAGAUUUGUAGCGACACCGCCAGCUGUUCAACUGUCACCCACCGAACUGAUAGAAAUGCAGAAUGAGCUCUUUAAUAAAGAGAAAAACAGGCAGUUAUCAUUAUUUCCCCGAACAGAAAAAAUUGAAGUUAAGCAUGUUGGGAAAACGCAUCCUGGAACUGUCUUCGUGAUGAAUAAAAACAUUUCAACUCCUUACAGUUGUGCCAUGCAUUUAAGUGAAUGGUACUGCAGGAAGUCCAUUCUGGCUCUUGUGGACGGACAACCGUGGGACAUGUAUAAGCCUUUGACCAAGUCCUGUGAGAUUAAAUUUCUUACUUUCAAAGACCAUGAUCCAAGAGAAGUGAAUAAGGCUUAUUGGCGGUCUUGUGCCAUGAUGAUGGGCUAUGUCAUAGAAAGGGCAUUCAAAGAUGAGUAUGUGGUCAGUUUGGUCAGAGCACCAGAAGUUCCUGUAAUUGCUGGAGCCUUCUGCUAUGAUGUAGUUUUAGAUAAGAGACUGGAUGAGUGGAUGCCAACAAAAGAGAAUCUGCGUUCUUUCACAAAAGAUGCUCAUGCUUUAAUUUAUAAAGAUCUUCCGUUUGAAACUCUGGAAGUUGACGCAAAAGUGGCAUUAGAGAUAUUUCAACACAACAGGUAUAAAAUAGACUUUAUAGAAGAGAGGGCGUCUCAGAACCCUGACAGAAUAGUCAGACUAUACAGAAUUGGUGACUUCAUUGAUGUGAGUGAAGGGCCUCUAAUCCCACGAACAAGUGUUUGUUUCCAGUAUGAAGUGUCUGCGGUCCACAACCUUCAGCCAGCUCAGCCAAGUCUCAUACGAAGAUUUCAGGGUCUGUCUUUACCCACUUACCUACGAGCACAUUUUACAAUAUGGGAUAAGCUAUUGGAAAGAUCUCGGAAAAUGGUAACAGAAGAUAAAACCAAACCAACAGAGGAAAUUUCAUCUACUUAAUAACUUUCUAAAGUUUAAAUAUGUAUAGUAAAUUAAAAUAAAAGCUUUUAAUAUGUU